ACACACACACACACACACACACAGAGGACUGAAGUGCGUCUGCUCGGAGCCUCAGAGGAAGAGGGAAGCAGUGAGCAGCUGGAGUUUCUCUACGGCUCCUACAGCUCACCAAUGGCUCAAUCGGCGGGCAGCACGGACUCCGAUCUGGCCAGCAAGAGGCUCCACUCGAGAAUGGAAGCCUCUUGUCUGGAGCUGGCGCUGGAGGGGGAGAGACUGUGUAAAGCGGGAGAUUUUAAAGGCGGCACAGCGUUCUUCGAAGCUGCUGUGCAGGUGGGAACAGAAGAUCUCAAGACCCUCAGUGCCAUCUACAGCCAGCUGGGCAACGGCUAUUUCUACCUGAAGGAGUACGGCAAAGCCCUGGAGUACCAUCGGCACGACCUCACGCUCGCUCGGACGAUCGGGGACCGGAUCGGAGAAGGGAAAGCCAGUGGGAAUCUAGGAAACACUCUGAAGGUUUUGGGCCGCUAUGAUGAAGCAGCUGUGUGCUGUCAGAGACACCUGGACAUUUCUCAAGAACAAGGAGACAAGGUCGGGGAGGCCAGGGCUCUGUAUAACAUCGGGAACGUGUUUCAUGCCAAAGGGAAGCAGCAGCUGUGGGGCAGCGCUCAAGAUCCCGGAGACCUUCCCUCUGACGUCAGAGACACGCUGCAGCGAGCCACAGCCUUCUAUGAGAUGAACCUCUCUCUGGUGAAGGAGUUGGGAGACCGAGCCGCCCAGGGAAGAGCCUUCGGUAACCUUGGCAACACUCAUUACCUGCUGGGUAAUUUUGUAGAGGCCAUUAAGUUCCACAGAGAGCGUCUUUCCAUUGCAAAGGAAUUUGGCGACAAGGCAGCCGAGCGGAGAGCAUACAGUAACCUAGGCAACGCUCUCAUUUUCCUGGGCCAGUUCAAUGCUGCAACAGAGUAUUACAGGAAAACUCUUCAGCUCUCUCGACAACUGAAGGAUCAGGUGAUGGAAGCUCAAGCGUGUUACAGUCUGGGAAACACGUACACGCUGCUGCAGGAGUAUGAGCGUGCCAUCGACUAUCACCUCAAACACCUGCUCAUCGCUCAAGAGCUCAACGACAGGGUCGGGGAGGGCCGGGCCUGUUGGAGUCUGGGUAAUGCUUACGUGUCAUUGGGAAACCACCGUCAGGCUCUGCACUACGCCCGGAGACACCUGGACAUCUCCAGAGAGAUCGGGGACAGAAACGGAGAGCUGACGGCCAGGAUGAAUGUGGAAGAGCUGAUGGAGGCUCUCGGGGUGAAGGAGGGCGAUCUCUCUCCAUCUGAGUCGGAGUUUAAAGUCCAGGGAGCCAGACCCAAAUUCAGCAAGAAGAACAGCAUGGAGAGUGUCGACCUCUGGAAAUACAACUCUGAAAAGAAUGGAGAUGCUCAGGAUGUUGAUGAUGUUUCGAGGAGGUCAAGGAACCUGCUGUCUCAGACCAACAGAAGCAAAAGUUACGCAGACAGUCAGUCGUCAGAUGAGAGACAGUGGCUCGACUCGCCUGUGGACACCGAUGACAUCACUGUUCAUGUCACACCUCCAAAGCUGGGCCGUGACGCGUCAGAUGAAGACUGCUUCUUCGACCUGUUGAGUAAGUUUCAGAGCAGCCGUAUGGAUGACCAGCGCUGUCAGCUGGACGAGACGCCCAAUGGAGAGGAUGCAGGAGGAGCGGACGAAAACACCCUGAACGACAUGAUCGACGCCAGUCUCCUCUCGUCUCCUCAAACUGAAGAGCUCUUCGAUCUGAUCGCCAGCUCUCAGAGUCGCCGUCUGGACGAUCAGAGGGUGAGCGUCAGUAACCUGCCCGGACUCAGAAUUACCCACAAUAACCUGGGGCACCUGUGUGGAGAGGGCGACCCCGCGGAGCCCAGCGAUGACUUCUUCAACAUGCUCAUCAAGUGCCAGUCCUCCAGGAUAGACGACCAGCGCUGCUCUCCUCCUGAAGGGGGUCCGCGCGCCCCGACCGUCCCCGACGAGGACUUCUUCAGCCUCAUACAGAGAGUUCAGGCCAAACGGAUGGACGAGCAGCGCGUGCAUCUCCCAUCCGACGAACAGGAUCCGGACGAGGCCGAGGGAGAGCCGGCAGACGCGGACUCUGGGUGAAUGACUGGAGAAACGGACUCUUUCAUGAGAUGAGAAGAAAUGUGCACAAAGAGACGCAUGAAUAACACAAGUGCCAUCUCAGUAUACGGUGCAGGUUUACGCCUCCUGUGCUUUACAGCCAAUGAUCCAUGACAGAGUUUAUAUUGAUGAGAGAAACUGGGCGAAUUCACUGAGAAUCAGCUGCGUCUACUGAUGCUGUCGUUUAGUUUGCACUCCAUUAACAGAAGGAAUUAACCCUUGAGCUUUAUUGAAAAUCCUUUACCUAAAUUCAAAAAUCACCAGCCUAAAUCUCUCCUCCCUAUGCUGUAUUAUCACCAAAAAUCGAAUUCAUCUUGUUUUCUUUCAAUUAUCACAGGUUUUUGAUUUCAUUUUGGAACUGAUUGAUCCUAGGCCUCAUUAGCAUUAUCAAAAGUUGCAAAUUUAACUUUGCAAAAUUGGAAUAGGGCAUAAAACAUUUGCGAAUAAAGCAGCAUUUCCAUCCCAUGUGUUCAAGAGAACAAAAUCAUCACUUCCUGGGAAAUUAACGCAAAAUAUCAGAACUAAAAAUGGAAGUUGCUGCAAUCAGCCUCUUUUUUCCUCCAUCAUAAAUGAGACAAAACACAAAAAACGCUGUCAUGUUCUCUUGCGUUCGGGUGCUGGUGUUUGUGAGAUGCUUCUUAGUCCAGUUAUCCAAUCACAGUCUCUGCUUAGUUUUCGGUUGUGCAUUGAGGGAUUUAUUCGGAAAAUAUGUCUCCAACAUUGUUUUAGCCGAUGAGAAGACAUGCACAUAAACUAUGAUCCGCCUCAAUCGAGUGCACAGGUAUUUUUUGUGCAUUUUUUUGAAUUUAGGCGCAUCUUGUCAUUUCCAUCCAGCAUUUGUUUGUUUUUUUAAAUGCAAAAUCCCAAAAUUUGCAUACAAAAUAGGUGGACGGAACUGAGCGGAUGCACCUCAGUGUUUGAGAUGAAAAAAGUUCACUUACGCUGAUUCAUGAAGCCUACGAUCAGUCAGCUCCAAAAGGAAAUACAAAACCUGUGCUUAUUUACAGAAAACAAGUUGACAAAAAGAUUGAAUCCAGUAUUUGGCAAUAAAAGAGUAUAGUAAUGAGAGAUUUAUUAGCAAUUUUUUUGUAGGCCGCUCAUUUUUGACCAAGUUUGGGGGAAAAAACCCAGAAAGUACAAAAACAAUUGUGGAAAGUUUGCCCACAAGUACAUCCUUAUGAGCAAAGUCAGUAAGUUUUAGUACAACACAAUAAUAUUAACUAGUAUUUUCGGGGAAAAGGUUAGGUUAAAAUCCUCUCGGGGUAAAAAUGACCGGAUAAACAAAUGCAUGCGCAGUUUACACAUCUGGCAGUGCUAAAAAACUCUGAAGCCAUUUUUCUUCGCUGUAGUUACUGCGUUACACAUCAUAACAGGAACAAUACGGCAUCCAGACACUCUUAUAACGAUCUUCUCCAUCUGAUCAUCAACAAACAUCACAUUAGUUACAUAUUAAGCUCUACUUACUGACUGCUUACUGCAGCUUACAGGGAACGUUCUGCCAAGGUUCUCUCAAAACAAACGUUGAACAAAUGUUCUUCCAGUAACAUUAAUAGAACAUUCGUUCAAAGUUAUCUAAUGUUCUCAAAACAUUAACAUUAUUUAUACAUUGUUCAUGGAGUGUUUUUCCUGAAAUGUUUUCGUUGGACUUUCAUCUAAUGAUUUUAAAUGUUGCUACUUGUUCGGAAUGUUCAGAGAACAUUCAAAAGUAACAUUCACAAAAUGUUUGAUGAAUGAUAAAAUGGAAUGUUCAAUUUCAUUUCAUUUCAUUUGGAUGAAGGAAUGUUCCCUUAACGUUUACAUAAUGAUUACUUUGUGAAUCGACGCCCCAGGGCACGGUCACCACCUUGUGGAUAAACUAAUUACUGCCAAAAAAAAAAUAAAAAAAUUAAAUGCGACCGGUUACAAAAUUCCUGUGUCAUGAGAAAUGGAGUCCCCCCCAAGAAUCGGGUCUCCUUUAGGACCCAGGUGGUAAUGCUUGAUCAAAAGUUGUUAUCUUGAUGUCUUGACUAAUUAUAACCUAUUUCACCAAUGGCAUCACUUGGGGUCCUAAAAAAGAUCCAGUUCCUGGGGGACUCGAUUUCUCACUCUCCUCUGAUGACAAAAUUCGCGUCUGUACGCUGACCCUCACAUACGUGUAAAAAAUGAAGUACACUUUGGGCUUUAAUUGUGACAUGCAAAUGUUGCUGGCCUUUGUGGAUCUGGUUGAUUCUAUAUUCAUUCUUAUAUUAGUGUAUAAACAGACGGCGGGACAGUAGAUAACACUGUGUGAUCCUUCAGUGAAUUCGUCCUGUUGUUUCAGACGUUCAGAACAAACCUCCUCAUUGUCACGUGUUUCUCGUCCACUGCCUUAAUUCGACCUGCAGACUCUGAUUGUAUUCUUUGAUAUUGUGUUUUCGCAGCACUCGAGCAGUAUUGUUCUGGUUUGGUGUGUGUUAUUGACAGUAUUCCCAGUCUCUUUGACCUUCUUAAUCGCAAGUGCAUUUCAGUUCGGCUUUAUAUGGCGUUUUUCAUUGAGCUGCUGACAGACAUUAGGGCUGCUUACCUUCUUUCCAUCUCUCUCUCUCUGUCUCUUUUGAAUUCGAGGAUAUUGUAACUCCACAGAUGUAUUUAUUGAAAGUGUUGAUAAAUAUCUGUAAAAAAAAAAAAUGUGAAAAGAGUUUUUAAGUAUUGCUAAUUGUGGGAAAAUUAAAGUAUGUGAAUGUUCAUGUGCACAAAAGCUAAUUUAAGGUCCCACUUUCGCGCUUCACUGCGGUUUGAUUGAAUCGACUGAAGCUGCUUUUACUUCCAAAACCAAAUGAGUGAUUAAUGAGUUUUCCGUAAUUGGCUCCGAGUCUCUGAAUCCUGCAGUUUAGUCGGUCAAUAUUUUAGUCAUUUGUGGCCGAUGAUCAGCAGACUAAUGUUUUAAGUCAUUUUGAAGUGUAAAUCUGCAGUAUUUUGGAAGUAGAGCAAUUUGAGCAAGUUUAGUAGUUUUUUUUUUUCCAUGUCUUGUUUUGGAGGGAAUUAAAAUACUUCCAAGUCAAUUCACUGCCAUCUUGUGGCAGAAAUAAGCAAAUGCCAUAAAAAUGUUUGAUUUUUUUUUUUUUUUUUACUAAAGAAAGUCUGUUAUGCAUUAUGUAUUAUUUUUAAAUAUUUAUGAAGUUACUUUUGUUUUAAGAAUCUAAACAGCUGAUUCAUAUUGAUUAAUAUGUUUCUACUGAUGUAUGAUGCUUGAAACUAAAACUAGCCCUCAUUUUUAAUACUCAAAUGACUUAAUCUUACGUGAGCAAAUCAGUCAAAUAUUGGAAGUAUGUACUAGAUUCAUGAUAUGAUGAUGACAUGAUGAGGUUAAAUACAGAAUAUUAAAUUAUUAAAAAUAUAUAUAUUUAAUGAUUUAACAGAAUAUUUCCUAGUCCUGAAUUAUUGGUAGCACUUUAUUUUACAGUCCUGUUCCCCAAGUACAUACUAUGUACUUAUUAUUGUAAUAACUGGAUAAUAACUAGGUACUAACCCUGAACCUACCCCUAAACCUAACCUUAACCCAUGUAGUUACCUUAGAUUACUCAGUACUUUCUUAGGUUAGUACACUGUAAGUACACGUACUGUAAAAUAAAGUGCAACUGAAUGAUUCCCUCCCUAUGUUAUGAUUUGCCUUCCAUGUGCUGUAAUAAUGUGUGAAUGGGUGUGAAAGCCUUUGAAAAGCCACUGCCCCAAUGUACAUAACUGUUUUAUAUUUAUUUUCUGUUCAAUGGACAUGGGAAUGAAUCCCUUGCUUUUAAUAAAAUGUUGAUGAAAAUUA